ACACACACUGAAACACACACACGGACGAUAACUUUCACUGUGAGAAAUAAAAGAGACGACUUCCACAGAGAGACGACAGCUUCAGGAGGGAAUACUGGAAUACUGGAAUACUGCCACUUCAACCAGUUACUGACUGAACUCUGUAAGAAGCUUCAGAAAAACAAGAGUCAAAGUAAGUAACAGGAGACUCUGUGGAGGAGGAACCUCAGCAGUCUGACCUGUUUGUGCUGUUUGAACUGUCCAUACCUGUCGGGAGUUUUGCUUCACUCAGAGAAAAAUGGCUUCUUGUUCAGAGGAGGAUCUGUGCUGUUCUGUCUGCUGUGACAUCUUCAAACAUCCUGUGAUUCUGUCAUGUAGCCACAGCUUCUGUAAAGCCUGUCUGCAGAGAUGGUGGAGAGAGAAGCAGGCCCAGGAGUGUCCAGUCUGUAGGAAAAGAUCUUCGAGGUCAGAACCACCUAUUAACUUGGCAUUAAAGAACAUGUGUGAGGCCUUCUUACUGCAGAGAGAUCAGAGAGCUUCAUCAGACUCUGAGGAUCUCUGCAGUCUGCACUCUGAGAAACUCAGACUGUUCUGUCUGGAUCAUCAGCAGCCAGCGUGUCUUGUCUGCAGAGACUCUAAACAACACACCAACCACACAUUCAGACCCAUCGAUGAAGCUGCACAAGAGCUCAGGGACGAGCUCCAGGAAUCACUGAAGCCCUUAAAGGACAAACUGAAGCGAUUUCAUGAGGUCAAAAAAGUCUGGAAUGAAACAGGAAAACACAUCAAGGGCCAGGCUGCAAACACAGAGAGACAGAUAAAGGAGCAGUUUAAGAAACUUCACCAGUUUCUAGAAGAGGAAGAGGAGGUCAGAAUAUUUUCACUGAAGGAGGAAGAGAAGCAGAAGAGUCAGAGGAUGAAGGAGGAGAUGGAGGUUCUGAGCACAGAGAUAGCAGCUCUUUCACAAACAGUCAGAGCCACAGAGGACAAGCUGAGAGCUGCAGACGUCUCAUUCCUGAAAAACUACAAGGCUGCAGUGGAAAGAGUCAAGCAGUGCCCCCUGCUGGAGGAUCCACAGCUGCCCUCAGGAGCUCUGAUAGAUGUGGCCAAACACCUGGGCAACCUGAGCUUCCACAUCUGGAACAAGAUGAAGAACAUGGUCUCAUACAGUCCUGUGAUUCUGGACCCAAACUCUGCUGGUUCAGACCUCAUCCUGUCUGAAGAUCUGACCUGUGUGAGAGGAGGAGAGGAGCAGCAGCUUCCUGAUAAUCCAGAGAGGAUUGGAUACAGAUCUGUCCUGAGCUCUAAGGGCUUCAACUCAGGGACUCACAGCUGGGACGUCGAGGUUGGACAAAACACAUACUUGGAAGUUGGUGUGUGUGAGGAGUCAUCAGACAGGAAGAGAGACAUAAACUCUGGAUUAUGGAGAAUAGAGUUUUUCAAUGAUAAAUACAAAGCAUACACCCCAUCAGGUAAACACACCGAACUGUCAGUGAGAGGACAACCUCAGAGGAUCAGAGUGAAUCUGGACUGGGACAGAGGAAAGCUGUCAUUCUCUGAUCCUGACACUAACACACACAUACACACCUUCACACACACUUUCACUGAAAAACUGUUUCCAUACAUUUAUAGUUAUGAUCCAUGUCCUCUGAAGAUAAUACCACUGAACGUCUCUGUAACAGUGAAUCAUCAACCUAAGAGAUGAUGAUGAUGAUGAUGAUGAUGAUGAUGAUGAUGAUGAUGAUGAUGAUGAUGAAGAAGUCAAUAUAAUAUCUGCUCACAUGUUCUUAUCUUUGCAUAAACUCACAUUUUUACAGGAAAAGAUGAAACACAUCGCAGUUUAAAUGACAGAAGUGUUUGUUCUCUCUUUAAUAAUAAGAUUAUCAGAUAAAAAACAAUACACACCAAGAACUAAGCACUCAUACAAGCAGGUACUGUGACAAAAUGGUGUGGUUAGUUACAUAACUGUACUCUAUAGGAACAGGUGUAUGUAGGUGUGUGUGGUAUGGGAUGGUGCAGGUUUCUUUUAUAAAGUGUUUUGGAUUUAAAGUGAGCUUUUGAAUCAAUUUGUCCAUUUUUUAAAUGAGUUUGUAAUGUGUUUGUUUAUCUGUGUCUUCUGUAAAGCACAGAAGAGUUUACAUUUGUAUGAAAUGUUCUAUACAAAUACAGUUGAAUUAAAGUCCUGUUUCGACUG